AAUCACGGCAGUGUAAUGUUUGGGUGUGUUGCAUGUGACACACUGCAAUGUAUCAAACUAGGUUAACACUCUCAAGUAGUAGGCCUAUAUUCAAAGUAACGUGUGCUUCAAAACAUCAAUGUUCUAUAUUUAUUCUGUCUGUGUUUUGGGCUUCAUAAUUAGUAUUGUGUUGUUUCAUUCUGUCGAUUGUGUUUAUAAUAACUGUUAAUUACUGCCCGUGUGGGUAUCACUAUUGCUUAUUUGUGUGGAUUUAUUCUCUGUAUAAAAAGAUUUGAAGUCACUUGGAUCUAGGAGUUUGUCGCUGGCCAGUUUUCUCAAGACAAAAACUUUUAAUUUCCGACCGACUAGCUUCCUCUGUCACUAAACGAAAAUGGGGAACCAGGAGUCUAUAUUCAGCCCUCAACAAUUGGAAGCUUAUCAGGACUGUACAUAUUUUACCAAGCAAGAUAUAAUAAGAAUUUUUAAAAGAUUUAAAGAGAUCGACCCUUCAAGAAUUCAACAGAGCAAAAUGAGCAAUCUGCAUUAUUGUCAGAGUGAGACAUUGCCUGCGGAUAAACUAGAGAACAUUCCGGAAUUACGAGAAAAUCCUUUUCGACGCCGAAUUCUGGAAGUGUUUUCUCAAGACAACACAGGAGAUUUAGCCUUUGAUGACUUCCUGAAUAUGUUCUCUGUUUUCAGCGAGGAUGCUCCAAGAGAGAUCAAGGCAGUGUAUGCUUUUAAAAUAUAUGAUUUUGAUCGAGACAAUACGCUGAACAAAACAGAUCUGGCUAAAACUCUGAAAACGUUAACCCAGAAAUCCAGAGAUCAAGGAGACCUGGUAGAUGGGGAAAAUAUAGAACAAAGUGCAUUGACUGAAACAGAAGAGAAUCACAUACUAGAACAAGUCUUGAAAGAAGCAGACCUGGAUGACAACAACGAGUUAUCGUACAUUGAAUUUGAGCACGUGGUGUCCAGAGCACCUGACUUUUUAACAACAUUCCACAUCAGAAUAUAGAAAGUCUUGCCAAAGACAACGGACAUACGUGUUCAGUGAUGAAUAUAUAUGCACCAAUCCAACUUGAGUGUUAGCAUAUUGUUUACGUAUUUAGCAAUCUGAUACAAUCUGAUAUAUCACUAUGUCCAUGUAAUGAAGUGCAUGUCAAUCAUUUAUACCGAUCUCGUUCAGGACAAUAAAUGAAAUCAGUAUUUGCUUUACAAAUCCGUAAUUUAAAAAGAAAACAUGCUUUGAUUUUUAUAAGAAGAUAAUGAGGACAAUGAUCGUGCUAAUUGUGAUUAUGAUUUGAUGACUAGCUUCAUAACUUUAUUCGAAUUUGUACUCAAUUAAAUGACAAAACUUAAAAUAAUAUUUGCAUUGCCUGCACAAAUUUUAUUUUCAGGCGAUGUCUUAUCAGGGUGAGCGUAGAUGCCCCUAGCGACUUUUCUGUCACCUAUGGUCUUGUGUUGUAAAGUGUAGACCUACUGUUGUACGCUAAAUGAUUUAACUUGUAUUAACCUUACGUUUGAGCCUGACUGAAAAGUCCCUAGGACCGGCCCUGGAUUUUCUUUAUCACUGUCAUACAAUUUCUCUUGUCAAGACUUUUAGUAUAGGACCUAUAAAUUGGAUGACUUCAACCAGUUUUGUGGCAAAGGUUCCUAGCUUACUAGGGCAACGAAAGUCAUUUCUCUCAAAGGGAUGCAGUAGAAUUCCUAUUUUAAACGGAUUUCUCAUUUCUAGAUCUAGUAGUAGAAGCCAAUGUCAAUCCGUUCCUUUAAAAGACUACAGUAGAGUUCCGAUUUUUAACGGAUUAAAUGUAGAUCUAGUAGGCUAGUACAAGUCAUGAUAAUGAUAAUGAGACGGGAAAAAACGUUACUUGGAGAUCAAAGGUCAAAUAGGGUUGUCAACAUGAAAAAAAUCUUCAAUAUUUAGAUUCAUUGGUAUAUAACUUAUUAAGUAAAGAAGUAAAUUAAACUGUAAACUGCCAUUUAUUUUAUCUUAUUUUACUGUAAACUUAAUCCUCAAAUCAUCAAGUCCUUUUUUAAAUUCAAAAAUCCACAUUGAUAACUUUUUAUAUUGAUUUAUUUACUGUACAUCCAACUCAUACACAUUAUAUUUGUAUAUAUUGAAGAGAGAGAGAGAGAGAGAGUAGGGGCCUACAAUUUUGAUUUUCGGUGGUGGCCCAUUAGCUAAAGCUUCAUUACUUAACAUGAAGGUGGGACCCUCUGUGCAAACUUAAAUGACAUGUCAUGAUUCUACGAAUGAAAUAGUCAUUGGGUUAGAGAACACAUCAAGAUUUAUAAAGAAAGAAAAAGCACUGCAGAUUUUUGUAAUAUCUGGACUUGCAGGUGCUAUAUCUGGACUUGCAUUUAUACUCUUUGUAGUAGAUAUAAUAUUAGGACUUGAAGAUAAACUAUUUAGACUCGCUGUUAUAUAAGAUCGUGUAUCAAAACUAUUUGGAUUGUUUGUGUACUUUUCAAAAGUUAUAACGUCGGGGGGGGGGGGGGGGGGGGGAAGAGAGAGCUUUAAUUUAUAAAUAUAAUAAAACGGAGAGCAGUCAUUAUAAAGAAGUUCAAAAUUGUAAAAUGUCAUACAAAGAAAGUUAAGGGUACACCUCUUAGUACAUUGUAUCCCUCCCACCCUCAUUUGAUGCCGCCACUUUUGUUGUUUUGUUUCAUGUUGAAGUAACAAAAAAUGCGUAUCAAAAAUGUUGUUGAUGAUUUGAAACAACUCUAUUAUGAAUGUAUGAAGUGUAUUUACACAAAUAUGACCUGUUUUGACCAAAAUGUUUUCGUGGCCAUGCAGUCAAAACGUGUUUAUUGAUUUUAUAUAAACACCGUGACAAGGGUCCGUUCCUUUAAACCUUUCAAGUGUACAUAUUUAACCAAAUAAAGAAAUUAUACAAAUGUCUGCAUACACGGUAUUCCCCACGGGAGAAAAUAACAUUUUCUGAAUAUAUACAUUCAAUUUUUAUUUGCCUACAUUUGUGAGAACAGGUAAAAUUGUAUUAAUUAAUAUGAAAUUAAUUUUUGUUUCAUAUAUUCGAAAUAUUUAUUUGUAAUAACUUAUUUAUAUUACUUAUAGUAUACAGUUGUUGAAAGUGAAUGUUCCUAUUUUCACAAUACUUUUCUAUACAAAGUUUACUUAUAGAAUACAAUUGUUGUUAUUUCCACAACUUUUCUGUACAAAGUUGACGUUAAAAGAGGAAUAAAUCUACCAAGUGGUAAAAUA